AUGGAAGGGAUUGUCUUGCAGUCUGUCUUCCUAACUGGGCUUGGGGCCCUCAGAGGGCACUUCGCAAACGCAGCAGCAGCAGCACGGCGGGCUAAGCGAUCCAGGCAACAUGUAGCGGAUACAGGCACUAUGAGGCAGCCUCUAGCCAUCCGACUGCUGCUGCUGCUGCUGUCAACAACAGCGGGGUCAGCGGCAGUAUGGCUUCACAGCUGCAGCAGGAGAGGGUUUACUGGUCCUGACAUAGCCUGCAGCAAGAAGUCAUCUGCAGUCUUGCUACCUCGAUUGCCACGCCAUACCCUUGCAGGGCUUCCUUAUGCUGACGUACUGGAACAGAGAGCACCUGCAGCCACGACGGCAACAGCAGGAGUGCGGAAGCCCAUCCAGCGGUCGUUGCAGCAACAAGCUGUCCUCAUUUCACCGCGUGCAUCCCUGCUGUCGCCCUCGGAUGCUGUGGCUGGUGCAGCUGCUCUGCCGGCUGCUCCUUGUGACAGGCACGAGGCGCAGGAGGAAACAGACGCAGAACUCCAUUCUGCCGUGGCAGCAGGUGAUGAUUUGUCUUUGCGGUCGUUGUUGUCUAGACAGCUACUUGUGUGGGGCCCAGAGCAGCAGAAGGUGUUGCCAGGCUCACGCGUACUGCUUAUUGGGGCGGGUGGUGCGGCUGUUGAGGCCGCCAAAUGCUUGUUGCAGUCGGGUGUUGGCUGCGUCUUGCUGGCGGACCCCGAAGAGCCGUCUCCUCAAGAGCGCGCUGCAAACUUUGCUCUGGCCGAGCAUGCAGAGCAGCAGGAAGUUGCAGCUUCAGCGGCGGCCUCUUCUGCAGAAAUUGAUGUUGCUGAAGCUGGCGGUGCUGGGGCCAGGUCUCAUCCGUUACGGUUUCCUCACGGACACCGGGUCGGCCUGUCUGCCCAACUGCUGGAAGCUCCUGAACAGCAACAGCAGCCGACAACCCGUAUGACUCGAGCUGGAAUUGCCUGCGCUUCUCUGCGGCGAGUCGGCGCCCCUUACGCUCGCGUGUCAGAGGUAUCAUUGCACAUACAGCCGGGGGAAACUGCAGCUGCUUGGCGGGCGCGUGUGGAGCGCGUGCUGCAGCAAGUGGAUGUGCUGCUACUAUGCGAUCGGCCUCUGCAGCAAAAGCUUUUUUACUCCGCCAUGGCUCGACAACUGUGGUCCCGGCGAAAGGAGCAGCAGCUGCGCGGGCAGCAACAGGGAGGACAGGAACGGCAACAACAGCAGAAACCGCAGCCACAGAGACGCAAAGAUGGCCCCCUUGUUGUGGCUGUAUGCACAGCUGGACUCACCGGCCGGGUUGCCGUUGACUUCGGCGACUUCGUGUUUGCGAGAGUCAGCGAAGAGGCUGCUCUCACAGCCCUACUGCAUAAACACGCGCAGCCCAAGAGACAACAGCAGCAACAUCACCAACAACAGCAGCAGCAGCCGUAUCCUAAGCAGGCAGUCGAAGGGCAACAGUCGCAUGGCUUGCCAGAUCCACCUGAUCCGCAACAGCAGUACCUCAUUGCUGCGUUUGAAGCCCUGGACGCAGCGGAGACAGAGGGACGUCGCGCGGGCGAAGAACCAGAGCGGAUUCCCGCAGCAGACGAGAAUACUGCUUCACCAGUAACAGCUGCUGCUACGACUGAGAACAGCAGGGAGGCAGAUGCUUGUGCAGUGGCUGGAAGCCUCAGGAGCUGGAACGCCAGUCGUCUUCCUGCUGCCUCGCUCGUUGCAGCCCGUGCUGCCGCAAUUUGGAAACGGCGCUAUGGGCCCAGCGCGGCGAGCGCAGCGGCAGCGGCCGCAGCUGCCUCAGCAAGGGCUUCUCACCAGUCCGCCGCUGCAGUUACUGCUGCUGCAGAGGCAGCAGCUGCUGAUGCAGUAUCGAGGGGGGAAGCAGAGGCUGGGCGGGUUGGGGCGCUUAUGGUUCGGGGGUCGCGAGGACACCUUGCGCCCAUUGCAGCGGCAAUGGGUGCCCUGGCUGCGCAGGAGACCUUAAAGGGACUAACCCGGAAAUACCGGCCUCUGGAGGGGCCGUUUGUGCUGCAUGCGCUGGACCUGCUACGGCUCACUACACAGAAUCAAACGGAACAUGAUGCAAACCGUGGAGGCAGCGACGGCAGGGACGGCAGUAGCAGCAACACUCGGGGUUGCGAUAGAUACCCGAGAGCGGUCUCCGCUGGCUCAUCAGCGGGGAGUCGAACUUCACCUGCAGCGGCAACAGAACUAGGAACAGGUGGAGCAGAAUCAGGAGACACCGCUAGUCUAGGAGCUUCCUGUGCUGCGGGCGGUGGCUCAAGAAAUGCAUCACCGAGGCGAGUGCCUUGGGAAGGGCAGCAGCAACUCCUAGGCAUGGAACUGCAGCGCCGGCUAAGUCACCUGCGACUAAUGCCUUGGGAAGGGCAGCAGCAACUCCUAGGCAUGGAGCUGCAGCGCCGGCUAAGUCACCUGCGACUACUUCUGGUGGGGGCCGGCGCUAUCGGCUGCGAAGUGUUGAAAAACUUUGCGCUUAUGGGCGUCUCUACGGAUUGCCGUAGCUCCAACAGGGACAACGGCUGCCGCAGUAACGGCACAACGAGAUGCAGCCAAUUCAGGAGCAGCAAAGAGCGGUGCAUCCGCCUUGUACGACUGCUUACGACGUGUUUGAACGCAAUGCGCUGCAGCAUGUCAAGGCACGCUGGUGGUCGAGCCCUGGGAGCAGCAGCAGAUGCAGCAGCAAAGGAAGUGUGCGGGGAUGCGUGUUUGAACGCAAUGCGCUGCAGCAUGUUAAGGCACGCUGGUGGUCGAGCCCUGGGAGCAGCAGCAGAUGCAGCAGCAAAGGAAGUGUGCGGGGAUGAUUGCGAGGGGGGGUUGCUGUCUUUGAUUGACGGAGACACCGUGGAGACCUCUAACCUCAGCAGACAAGUCCUCUUUACUCCUGAAUCCUUGCAGCAGCCGAAGGCAACCGCGGCUGCUGCUGCAUCUCUGCGCUUCUGCAGCCGUACACGAUUGCGCCCGUUCCCGUUCAUGCUCUCGCCGGAGACCCUUUGGCGCCUCCCCCCAAUGUACAUACAGGAGCAGGACUUGGUCGUGGCCGCCUUGGAUUCAGUGGAGGCUCGUCUUUACGUGGACGCGCUUUGUCUGCUCCACUCGAAGCCCUGGGUGGAAGCCGGCACCCUCGGUCUUAGAGGCCAUUCUCAGAGCCUGGUACCGUACCUAACGGAGCACUACGCCGCAGCAGUACGAGGCGGUGCUGUCAAUGCUUCGCCAACAGCCCAGUCCCUGACGGCUGUCCCCGUUUGUUCCGUGCGGGGAGCCCCCACUGCCCCUCUCCACGCAGUGCACUGGGCAUCGGCUCAGCUGCAACAAACCUUCAAAACCGACAUCGCAGCCGCCCAUAUACUGCUGCAGCAGCUGCUCCAACAGCAGAUGCAGUUGCCUCAGAGGGCGUCUGCAGAACAGCAGACAUACGGGAGAGUUGCUCCACCACGAACAGCAGCAGCGCAUUCCUCUACCUUUGACGCUUCAGAUGAUGUCCAGGCAGCGCUUCGCAUGUUGGGCAUGGCGCCUGCUGCUGUGGCUGCUGCAGCAGCAGGGCCGCAGCGGCUGCGACUGCUCCUGCGGCUUGCAGGGGAGGUACUGAAAGCGCAGCGUGGCACGAUUCGGGGGCACCAGGCUUCCGAGCGUCUGCAGCAACAUCACGAACAUCGGGGGAAACAUGAUGAGCAUGGCGACAGUGGCGACAGUGGAGGCGAAGUGUCUCCUUUGUCAGCAACCCACCUCAGGCUUCUGUCUUUUGCAGCAUUUUUUUUUAGUGUUUUAUUCCAGAAGAAAGCUGUCGAGGGGCCAACGCAAGGAAACCCAACAGUAGCAGCUCCCAGCGCCGCACACUCUGCAAAUCAACGAUCUACUUCUAUUUUGCAGCAGGAACAAGCGGAAGAGUUGCUGCUGCAAGGAAAGGGCUUGGGCCCUUGGAGCCGCCAAUGCGUUGCUAAAGGCUUGCAGCGUUUGCUACCGAAGGCCGCAUGCAGCGAAGCUGGAGAUUCAGGGCUGACCGGGGCCGGCUCAGAGCCUACCGCCGUUAGUCUCUCUGCACUUGCUGAGGAGUUGGUGCGAGAAGUUGCGGCAACAGCAACGGCGGCAGCGGCAACCGCGCCGACGGAGCUAGACUUGAGACUCUUCGGGGCCCCUGCAGUAUUGUCACUCUCCGCAGACAGCGCUGUGCCCCUCCGAUUUCUGACUUCCGCUGCGCGGCUUCGUUGCAGAGCAUUUGGACUGAAACCUCUCCCGGGCCCUGAAGAGACUCAGCAGCUGAUAGGCAGGAUUGUUCCUGCAACUGCUACGGCAACGACACUUGCGGCUGCGCUUGCCUGCCUUGAAGUGUAUAGACUGGUAGCUAUGGGGCUUGCAGGUGCGCCUUCGGGCCAACGUAUGCAGCGUCGGGAGCAGCAGCAGCAGCAGAUGCAACGCGGACAGAUCGUCAAGCCAACGGGGAGAGGGUCCCCCGUGCUAUGGCUAGACAGGGGCGACCGCCGAAAUCGGCAAGCUGCAAUGAAGCAGCAGCAACAUGCCUUGCGCAACAGCUUCUUUUCGCUAUCAGUGCCCUUUCUGGCGGAGGCUCCGCCGUUGCCUCCUCCAAUGCAUCGAUUCGUUAUAGGUCGCUGGCGGGGACAGCCUUUCUCUCCAUGGCACUUCUUCCGCCUGCGACUGCGCGGCGGUGGUUUCAGCAGUAGCUCCCAUCAGCAUAAAGGACAAGGAGCGGUUCCAGGGGAGGCAGAAGCAGCGGAGACAAUUACUAUUUCUGACUUGGUGGAACUCAUAGAAAAGGACACGAGGCUCCGUGUCUUGUCUCUAACUUGCGAGAGAACUCUCCUCUACGCUGCUCCGAAAGACAACGACACGCUGCAGCAGCAGCAACCGGAGGCAGUAUCGCGGCCUCAGAUAGCGGCAAUGUUUGGUGAGCAUAAGCCGCAGAAGCUCCCAGACCCGGGGACACGCCUCACUGAGGCACUGCGGAGUGCAUUAUUUGCGCCUAACCACAGCGAGACGCAGCAAGAUCAUCAGAACCAACAGAAGCAGAGGGCCAGGCGCCUGCAGCAGCAAAACAAGGCCCCCACUUGGGCGGUGGUCCUCAUCGCGGCUUCGGAUCCGUUGGGGGCGGAAGUGCCCCUGCCGGCGCUUAAGGUUUUGGUUAGGCCUACCGUUUAA